CCUUCUGCAAAGCAGGGGUCAGGGGGACUGCCCCAGGCUGCACGGGAACCCCACUUCUCGCUUGCUUGUAAACAAUGGAAAAAAGGAAACUCGACGGCUGAACUCCCGACAGACAGCAGCUGGAGCAGGGGAGGACCGGCCUCCGAGCCCAGGGUCGGGGACCCUCGGAGAGGGAAAGGACGAGAUCAUCCGGGCGAGGAAGAAUCGGAACGUUUCUGCGGGCGAGGAAGAGUCUGUCCCCGGGCCUGAGCCGCCCUGCCCUUGGGCAGCUCCCGGUGCCGAGCGGGACGCUGGGCAGCUGCCCAGAUGCUGGACCACAGAACCAGGAUGGACAGCUCCAAGAAGGAGAAGGUGGAGCAAAUCCUAUCAGAGUUCCGGCUGCAGGAGGAGGACCUGAAGAAGGUGAUGCGGAGGAUGCAGAAGGAGAUGGACCGGGGAUUGAGGUUGGAGACCCACGAGGAAGCCAGCGUGAAGAUGCUGCCCACCUACGUGCGAUCCACCCCGGAGGGCUCAGAGGUUGGGGAUUUCCUCUCUCUGGAUCUGGGAGGCACGAAUUUGCGCGUGAUGCUGGUGAAGGUGGGGGAAGGCGAGGAGGGGCAGUGGAGUGUGAAGACAAAGCACCAGCUGUAUUCCAUCCCCACAGAUGCCAUGACAGGCACGGCAGAAAUGCUCUUCGAUUACAUCUCCGAGUGCAUCUCGGAUUUCCUGGACAAACACCACAUGAAACACAAAAAGCUGCCGCUGGGCUUCACGUUCUCCUUCCCCGUGCGGCACGAGGACAUUGACAAGGGAAUCCUUCUCAACUGGACGAAGGGCUUCAAGGCAUCGGGUGCCGAAGGGAACAACAUCGUUGGACUUUUGCGAGACGCCAUCAAAAGGCGAGGGGACUUUGAGAUGGAUGUGGUAGCUAUGAUCAAUGACACCGUGGCAACCAUGAUUUCCUGUUACUACGAGGAUCGCCAGUGUGAGGUUGGCAUGAUCGUAGGCACGGGGUGCAACGCCUGCUACAUGGAGGAGAUGCACAACGUAGAGCUGGUGGAGGGGGACGAGGGCCGGAUGUGUGUCAACACGGAAUGGGGGGCCUUCGGGGCUGCGGGCGAGCUGGACGACUUCCUGCUGGAGUACGACCGGGUAGUGGACGAGACCUCCCUGAACCCUGGUCAGCAGCUCUAUGAGAAGAUUAUCGGCGGGAAGUACAUGGGCGAGAUCGUGCGGCUGGUGCUGCUGAAGCUGGUGGACGAGAACCUGCUGUUCGGCGGGGAGGCGUCCGAGAAGCUGCGGACCCGAGGGGCCUUCGAGACUCGCUUCGUCUCCCAGGUUGAGAGCGACUGUGGAGAUCGUAAGCAGAUCUACAACCUCCUGAGCACCCUGGGGCUGCGGCCCUCGCCCGCGGACUGCGACAUCGUGCGUCUGGCCUGCGAGAGCGUCUCCACACGGGCCGCCCAGAUGUGCUCGGCCGGGCUGGCCGGGGUCAUCAACCGCAUGAGGGAGAGCCGCCUGGGGGAACUCACACGCAUCACCGUGGGCGUCGACGGCUCCGUCUACAAGCUGCACCCCAGUUUCAAAGAGCGGUUCCAUGCCAGCGUGCGGCAGCUGGCGCCCUGCUGCGAAAUCACCUUCAUCCAGUCCGAGGAGGGCAGCGGCCGGGGCGCGGCCCUCGUGUCCGCCGUGGCCUGCAAGAAGGCCUGCAUGCUCGCCCAGUGA